GGUGGUGGCGCGGGGGCGCAGGGCGCACCGGUGAUGGUGGCUCCCCUCGGAGCGCUGGCGACCCCCUGAGAGAGAGACCCAGAGAGAGAGAGACCCCCCCCCACCACCAACAGCCCCCAGCCCUUUCCCGGCCCGGGUGGAUGCGGCCCGGGGUGUCUGGCUGCCAGCGCGGAGCGAGCAGAUGCUGGGGGGCCGGAGGAGGAUGGAGUGCGCCCUGGACGCCCAGAGCCUGAUCAGCCUCUCCCUGCGCAAGAUCCACAGCUCCCGCACCCAGCGCGGGGGCAUCAAGCUCCACAAGAACCUGCUGGUCUCCUAUGUGCUCCGCAACGCCCGGCAGCUCUACCUGAGCGAGCGCUACGCCGAGCUCUGCCGCCGCCAGCAGCACUACCCGGAGGGCGGCGUCCUGCUCGGGGCGCCCCCGGGCUGCGCGCCCGCCGGAGAGAUCGCCCCGGAAUUCAGCCCGCUCCAGCUGGCGGCCGAGGACCCAGAGCCGGGCAUGCAGCAGCCGCGGAGCUGCGGGCUGGGCGGCGCGGCUGGGGCCGCCCUGGCAAGAGGCAGCGGCGGCGGCGACCUGCUGGAGGUGCCCGUGUGCGCUGCGCUCCUGCCCGGUGCGCCCCAGGAGGACGAGCCGCUGGAGCUGCAGCCCAGCCCGCCCCAGCCGGCGGCCCCUUCGGCGCUUCGCAGAGACUCUUCCCCCGGCUUCUACCGGGGCGGCGGCGGCGGCGGCAGCGCUUCUUCGGGGCUGCUCUACCCGGUGCCGGCGAGCUGUGACUUCGGCAGCCCGGCGCCUCCAGGCUCGGCCAUGAGCGCAGCGAGCGGCGGCGCCUCGGCGCAUUGUAGCAGCCGCACCACGGUGCUGGACCUGGACACCCAUGUGGUGACCACGGUGGAGAACGGCUACCUGCACCAGGACUGCUGCUCGCAGUGCCCCUGCUGCUGCCAGGGCGCCGCGGCGCUCGGCGCCCCGCCGCCGACCCCGGGCACCAAGCGCAAGUACUACCCGGGGCAGGAGGACGAGGAGGACGGGGACCCGGGAGGGGUGGUGGUGGUGGGGGGCGGCGGCUCCCCCUUCUCCCCUUGCAGCAAGCGAGCCCGCUUCGAGGACUUCAGCCCCGAGCCGCCCCCGGACUCUUCCAACAUCUCCAACUUGAUCUCCAUCUUCGGCUCCGGCUUCACGGGGCUGGUGAGCCGGCAGCAGGCGGACUGUGAGCAGCCCCUCAACGGGCAGCUGUGCGGCAAGCAGGCGCUGGCCAGCCUGGGAGCCUGGACUCGAGCUAUCGUGGCGUUCUAGGGGCGGGGAUGGACGGGGGGGGAGCGGUCCCAGGGACACGGACUCCGGAGGGGCCCCUGAAACAAAGAGGGGCGGGCGGGGGAGGGGAAGCCGAGCUCCUGUUUUAUAAACUGUACAAUAAAAAAUCGCAGAUCUUGGGGACUUUAUUUUUGCAGAGAUGAAAAGCACCUAUUUAACUAUGCCGCGUGUCCGCUCGGGCUUUAUUUUGUAUUGCGUGCGGGGGCGACUCCAGCCCGGGAGCCUGCCACGUGAGGCGAGGGCUGCUGCCCGGAGGAAGCCGUGUGUGCCGGGGAAGAGUUGGGAGAGCUGCACUUCUCUGCCCCUGGAGGAGCUGC